AGAGAGGGAGGGAAUGAAAGAGACCACAAACAAAGAACGGAGACAGGGAAAGAACACAGGGAGGAGGGAGCGAGAUAAAGAGAGACAGAAUGACUCUAGGCAGACAAGAGGAACAGGGCUACAGCUGGAAAGAGUGACAGCUCAAGAUCAAGAGGCUGAUAGAGUGAGAGUGAAGGAGGAGCCCACUAAAGAGGGAGGGAGGAGGAGGAGUCUUCAACAAGAGGAAGAUAAAAAAAAAUUGCUUUGGAGAGAGAAAGAUCUACAAACAGAAUCCGUCCAAACACAGCCAUUACACUGGAGCAGCGUGUUGAGCCCAAGGAAUAUGGAUUGAAGUCAAGACAAGUUGGAAAUCUAUCUGGGAACAGGACACCCUAAUUAAACCGACAACCAAAGGAAAACUGCUAUUGCGAAGAGAGGGAGAGAAAGACAGAGUGAGAGGGAGCAAGAGAAGAGAGAGUACAGGGCAGUGAACGAGUAAGGGAAAAAGAGUGGCUAGACAGAGGAGGGCAAAAGAAGAGAAUUAAUACCACCCACUGUGCCAAUACCACACACAGAGUAAAAUUGUUACGCACAUACACACAUUCAAAGACAGAAAACCUGCCUGUGCCACACACACAGUAUUUAUGUCUCACACAUUGGCUAUACCACACACACCGAAUUUCUCAAACAAGUUUGCAUGCAACAUAUGCAGUAAGUAUUCGACACGCUGAAAUCAAAACGUUUAUAUCAACAGAAACGGAGAGAAACAAAGAAGAUAAAGAGGCAUGGAGAGACAUUAAAGCGUCAUAUGGGUUGGUAUUACUACGCACAGAGUGACAUAGACAGACAAAACGCAACAUAGUGGCAUCACGGGGCCUCCACAGGAGCAGGAACUCUUCGAAAACUAACCUGAGGAACUAUACUGCCAACUUAACCCCCCAAAAUAAUUACCACAGAACUGAAGGCCGGUGAUUCUUCUAAACUUUGACUACAAUCCUAUUACCAUUAACCAGCAGCAAACCAGAGCAACUGUAUUGAGGAUCUAUCAUCUCCGUAGUAUGGGUGCCUAAGACAGGCGAGCUGAAGAGCUGUGUCCCUGGAAGGAGCACCAUCAGCCCUCCAGCCCUUCCCCACCAUGCUGCCCCAUACGGCCCAGGGCAGGGGAACCUUAAGCAGGGUACGAGGGCUCCUGCUGCUGCCCCUCCUAAUGGUGCUGCUGGUGACUUUUUGUGCUGCACAGAGCGAAAAGAGUCAGGAGAACCAGGGAGAGAAUAACACUGGCAGUACGGAGAGCCCGGAGACUGUCUCCUCAGAUGUGGCCAUCGUCAGUCCUCGUAACUCCUGGCUCGUCUUCAGACACAACUCCAACAAAGGAGAGAACAAGAAGACCAAGCCCCCAAAGAGGGCAUCUAAGCAUGGUCUACCGGGCCCCCCCGGACCACCAGGCCCUCAAGGGCCACCCGGCCCCCCCGCCCCCCUGUUACCUCAGCAGGAAGAGCUGAUGCAGGAGUUCCAGCUACGACUGAGAGAGAUGGCUGGUGGACCCUGUCUGCUCUGUGAGCGACCUCCCCGUGUGGCCACCGCCUUCCACUGCCGCCUGCACCACCCCCUCACCGUGCCACGCCGCAGUCUGCUAGAGCUGCAGCCAUUCAGCAGUGUCUCGGACACUGAGCAGAGCCUCCAGAGGGGCCAGGGCUUCAACUCUAGCAGUGGCCGCUACACGGCUCCCGUCUCCGGGUUCUACCAACUCACCGCCAGCCUUCUCAUAGAGCCCAAUGAGAGGUCACAAGCCAGGAUGAAGGAUAGUGUGAAGGCUUCCAUCUGCAUUGAGUCCCUAUGCCAGAGCAAUGUGUCUCUGGAUUCGGUGACAGGGGUGGGUAGUUCAGGAGUCUUCAGCGUCUUACUGACAGGAACCCUUUACAUACAGGCGGGGGAGUAUGUGUCCAUUUUCGUCGACAACGGAACAGGCUCAGCACUCACAGUCCUCCAGGAUACUUUGUUUUCCGGGAUACUCCUGGGAGUGUGAACACAGUAAAACAAAUGAUACACACACACACCCAUAGACUGAAAUGAACAAACAUAUUAAACCACGUACAGUACCAGUCAGAAGUUUGGACACGCCUAAUCAUUCAAGGGUUUUUCCUUUUUUUUCUUCUUUUUUUUCUACAUUGUAGAAUAAUAGUGAAGACAUCAAAACUAUGAAAUAGCACGCAUCGAAUCAUGUAGUAACCAAAAAAGUGUUAAAACAAAUUCAAAUGUAUUUUAUAUUUGAGAUUGUUCAAAGUAGCCACUCUUUGCCUUGAUGACAGCUUUGCACACCCUUGGCAUUCUCUAAACCAGCUUCAUGAGGAAGUCACCAGGAAUGCAUUUCAAUUAACAGGUGUGCCUUGUUAAAAGUUCAUUUGUGGGAUUUAUUUCCUUCUUAAUGCGUUUGAGCAAAUCAUUUGAGCCAAUCAAUCUGGAUGGAAAAUUACUGAGGAUAAUAGCAGACAAUAUUGCCACUCCCAUUUGCCACAUCUUCAAUUUAAGCCUACUAGAAUAGUAAAGCCCCCUUUUACUGGCUCACAUAGCUGACCAAUCAGCCUGUUACCAACCCUUAGUAAACUAAUGGAAAAAAUGGUGUUUGACCAGAUACAAUGCCAUUUCACAGUAAACAAAUUGACAACAGAAUUUCAGCAAUCUUAUAGGGAACGACACUCAGCAAGCACAGCACUUACACACAGGACUGAUGAUUGGCUGAGAGAAAUUGAUGAUAAAAUGAAAUCUAAAAGCAUUGUAUUUGGAACAAAACACUCACUAAACGCUAAACAACUAAAUGUUGUAAUCAUGUGGAAAUGGAGCAAAUUGAGAUGACUGAACUGCUUGGAGUAACUCUAGAUUUUAACUGUCAUUGUCAAAACAUAUUGAUGCAUUAGUAGCUAAGAUAGGGAGUAGUCUGUCUAUAAUAAAGCAAUGAUCUGCCCUCUUAACAACACUAUCAACAAGGCAGGUCCUACAGGCCCUAGUUUUGUCGCACCUUGACUGCUGUUCAGUCGUGUGGUCAGGUGCCACAAAAAAGGAAAAAGGAAAAAUGCAAUUGACUCAGAACAGGGCAGCAGGUCUGGCCCUUGGAUGUACACAGAAAGCCAAUAUUAACAAUAUACAUGUCAAUCUCUCCUGGCUGAAAGUGGAGGAGAGAUUGACUUCAUCACUACUUGUAUUUGUGAGAGGUAUUGACAUGUUGAACGCACCGAGCUGUCUGUCUAAACUAUCGGCACACAGCUCGGACACCCAUACAUACCCCACAAGACAUGCCACCAGAGGUCUCUUCACAAUCCCCAAGUCCAGAACAGACUAUGGGAGGACCACAGUACUACAUAGAGCCUUGACUACAUGGAACUCUAUUCCACAUGAAGUAACUGACGCAAACAGUAAAAUUAGAGUUUAAAAAACAGAUAAAAAACACCUUAUGGAACAGUGGGGACUGUGAAGCAACACAAGCAUUGGCACACACACACACACACGAUAUACACACACAUGGAUUUAGUACUGUAGAUAUGUGGUAGUGGUGGAGUAGGGGCCUGAGGGCACACAUUGUGUUGUGAAAUCUGUGUAUGUAUUGUAUGUUUUUAAAAUGGUAUAAACUGCCUUCAUUUUGCUGGACCCAAGGAAGAGUAGCUGCUGCUUUGACAGAUCCAUAAUAAAUGCAAAUACAAAUACAAAUGUGUUAUGACAAGUUAGGGGUGGUAUACAGAAGAUAGCACUAUUUGGUGAAAGACCAAGUCCAUAUUAUGGCAAGAACAGCUCAAAUAAGCAAAGAGAAAUGACAGUCCAUCUUUACUUUAAGACAUGAAGGUCAGUAAAAUACAGAACAUUUUAAGAACUUUGAACGUUUCUUCAAGUGCAGUCUCAAAAAACAUAAGCGCUAUGAUGAAACUGGCUCUCAUGAGGACCUCCACAGGAAAGGAAGACCCAGAGUUACCUUUGCUGCAGAGGAUAAGUUCAUUAGAGUUACCAGCCUCAGACAUUUUAGACCAAAUAAAUGCUCUACAGAUUUCAAGUAACAGACACAUUUAAACAUCAGCUGUUCAGAGGAGACUGCGUGAAUCAGGCAUUCAUGGUCGAAUUGCUGCAAAGAAACCACUACUAAAGGACAACAACAAUAAGAAGAAGAGUUUUGCUUGGGCCAAUAAACCCGAGCAAUGGACAUUAGACCGGUGAAAACCUAUCCUUUGGUCUAUUGAGUCCAAAUGUUAGAUUUUUUGGUUCCAACUGCCGUGUCUUUGUGAGACACAGAGUAAGUGAAUGAAUGAUCUCCGCAUGUGUGGUUUCUAUCGUGAAGCAUGGAGGAGGAGGUGUGAUGGUGAGGGGUGCUUUUCUUGUGACAUUGUCUGUGAUUUAUUUAGAAUUUAAGGCACACUUAACCAGCAUGGCUACCACAGCAUUCUGCAGCUAUACGCCAUCCCAUCUGGUUUGGGCUUAGUGGGACUAUCAUUUGUUUUUCAACAGGACAAUGACCCAACAUGCCUCCAGGCUGUGGAAGGACUAUUUGACCAAAAAGGGGAGUGCUGCAUCAGAUGAUCUGGCCUCUACAAUCACCUGACCUCAACCCAAUUUAGAUGGUUUGGGAUGAGUUGGACUGCAGAGUGAAGGAAAAGCAGCCAACAAGUGCUUAGCAUAUGUGGGAACUCUUUCAAGACUGUUGAAAAAGCAUUCCUCAUGGAGCUGGUUGAGAGAAUGCCAAGAGUGUGCAAAGUUGACAUCAAGGAUAAGGGUGGCUGCUUUGAAGAAUCUCCCAUAUAUAAUAUAUUUUGAUAUGUUUAACACUUUUUUGGUUACUACAUGAUUCCAUAUGUGUUAUUUCAUAGUUUUGAUGUCUUCACUAUUAUUCUACAAUGUAGAAAAUAGUAAAAAUAAAGAAAACCCCCUGAAUGAGUAGGUGUGUCCAAAAUUUUGCCUGGUAAUUUACGUACACAGAGGUGGGCAAAGAAACAUUAAAAUGUAUCUGUUACAAAACAUAAAAUACCCUAAAGACCAAUGCAUUGUAAUGAACCACAAAAUACUGGUGCCAACAAAUGUAUUUGAUGAAAAUACAUGUAUUUUGUAUUUUCAAAAUACAGAAAAUACAUUUACAGGCAGCCCCUUUAAAUGAGUUAUAAAACAGCCUGUGAACCUUGGCUAACACUCUAUGAACAGUAUCUAUUGCUUAGACAAUUGGCACAGUUCUGAAUGUUAAUCUUCAGAGCUUUGUGGCCGCAUAUUAUUCAAAACUUCGCUGCAUUGGUGUCAAAAAGGAGAUACCAUAUAUUACUACGAGCCAUCAGAGGGUGUAGGUGGAUGCACAAAGGUGUUUGAAAGAAAAUCACUUGCGAAUGAGAGUGAGUGUAGUGAUAGUCUGGUAAUAAAAAUCAAAUUCACUUUCAGUAUUUUCAAAUACAAAUGACAUAAUACUCAAAAGUAAUUGAAAUACCUAUCCAAUACCUAUACCUAAAUACCUAUCCUAUCUCUGUAUGUACAAACAGAAAGUAUUUCUCAAAAUUGUAGACUCUCUGUCUGGAGUGGCAUACAGCUAUAUGCCACUCCGGGCAGAGAGCAGAGAAUGACUCACACUGGUAACUACGAGUGGGAUGAGUGUGUCAUUAGCAAACAUCAAUAUUCAGACCAGCCUCUGCAAUUAUCCAUAACAGCAUUGCUAAGACAACAGGGUCGUAUUCAUUAGUGCACACUGUAGCAAAACAAUUUGCCAUGUAAUUAGUUUCUUAUUAGACAACUUCAGGUAGUCCCUCCCCGUUUCGGUCCGUUUUCUUCUUCUACUGAACACGACCCAGGACAUUUUGUUAACGACAUUUUAAAUAACCAUUUUGUCUAUAUAUACUUAGAGGUAUUUUUCUAGUGCUACUUUCAUUGUCGAUGAUUCGCUUUAACACGCUAUUCAGAAUAUUUAUUUUCCUUUUGGAUGUGAAAUGAAUACGAUAUAUGAAAAGUUGUGGAUAUUAUUGCUUGUAAUAAAACAUUUAUUGCAAUCCAUGUUAGGAUAUUCUCGCUGGUGUUUGUUUGUUGUGUAAAUUUGGAAUAAUCUGCAAAUGUUUGAUUUCCCAAUUUCAAUUCCAAGUGUAAUUAUAGGCUAAUUGCAGAGAUGCAUAGAUACUCAUGCUUUCUUCUGGGCUUUUAUUUUAGUGUCGUUUCAAUGUAAUUUGUCACCGUAUUUUGAAGUGGAAUCUAUGUGGAAAAUACAUUGGAUUUGAAUAAAAUUGUUUUAAGGGUGA